AUGUACGAAAUUGCAAAUGGAACGCGGUCCACACGGUUUGAGUGGAGCCUUAUGCGUGUUGGCACCGAGCUGCGCACGCAUGAACAAGGAGUCCGUUUUGCGGAGGAAAACGGCCUAAUACCGAGCGAGCAAAUGUGCCCUGUACACAAGGUCCCAAAGACUAUACGGAAAGGGGACAAAUUUGGUUAUUGCGGAGAGGCCGUGGUAAUAUACCAGUUGGACCACCAACAUGAACAAGGAAAAAUUGGUGGUCCGGGAAAAAUUGUUCAGAUCGACGAGAGUAAAUUUGGGCGGCGGAAGUACAACAAAGGCAGGCGCGUAGAGGAACACUGGGUUCUUGGGAUGGUUGAAGAUGGUAGCGAGGACAUACGCCUCGAAGUAAGUCCUGACAAUCUUCGAACGGCGGACAUUUUAAUUCUAUUGAUCCAGAAGCACGUGGCUGAAGGAAGCAUAGUUCGGACGCACUGCUGGCAGGCAUAUGACGCAUUACCAAAUUUUGGGUACGUCCACCAAAAAGUGAAUCACAGUGACGACACCAACCCUUUCGGUUCCGAAGGUGGUGUUCAUACGCAGCGGAUUGAGUCGCAAUGGAGCGUAGUGAAACGUUUCUUUUACGAAGCCAACUAUAAUCACACCGCCAACUUCGCCGACGUCAUCGUCGAAUAUAUGUGGCGGCGAACUAUUCAAAAACAAGAAAAAGAUCCCUUUGUAUCAUUAAUAGAUGCAAUUAAAUAUGUACAUAUAGUAGAAGAGUUGAAGGUCACUGGGUACUGGGCAUGGUAG